UCAGGAGGAUAUAAACACUGAGUCCCGGCAAAGCAGGAAUCUGUGAUUCAUUGACUGACCUACAAACAGCCAGCAAAAAUGCCUGGAACAUAGAGACCCGACGGUGGGCAAGACGGCCCUGGCGCAGCUCUUCCGCAGCGAUGGGGUGCACUUCCAGAACUACACCCUGACAGCAGGGGUGGAUUUGGUGGUGAAGACGGUGCCAGUUCCCGACACCGGCGACAGUGUGGUGAGUGGCACCCCCGCCCAGGGGCACCAGGCUCCUCCUGUGGGCCACACUGACCAGCGUGGGACCAGUGCAGAGACUGGGCCCAGAUUCCCCUGAGCAUCGGGGACCCAAUCAGGGGACACAGGAAUUGUUCGAGAGGGACCGAGGGGUUGGAGUACUGGGGAACCCGUCUCCCCAGAGGAGCUGGCUGCCCAGGGUCCCUCCUCAGCAGUCCCAGGGCUCUUGAAGUUCCAUGGCAAGAUGUCGUUUGUGUCCCUUCCUGGCAGGAGGGUUUGUAGCUCUCUGGAUUCUUAAAGAGGCCCGUGAGCCAAAAAGAAAACCAGGGAGCAGUCCUGCGCUUCCUGGUGCAGGUGACGUGGCGCCCGCACCCACAGAGCAGGGGCCAGGGGUCAGAAGCCGGGGAGGGGCUCCCACCUGGGCUGGGUGAGGCGGGCAGGUGGGAAGGGGCAUCUGGUGCCCUCUGUCUGAGUGGUGCUUGGGCCAUCCCAGUACGACGUCAGCCUGGCCUACUUUGACGCCUUCCCAGGCCUGCUCAGUGACCUCCUUUAAAAAGAGUCGUUUUAAGACUUGGAAAUCGAUUUGGUUAACAAAGUGCGCCAUGACCUUUCGGAGCCCGGAGCUCCUCGGCCUGGUUGGCACUCUGCUCUGCCAGGUGGGAGGCCAGCCUGUGCCCUGUAUUUCUGCACUCGGUCAGGAGGGCUGAGGCUCCCUGCAGACCAUCCUGGGCGGGGUGGGGACCUGCCCCUGCCUCCCGGGGGCUCUGGAGUCCCUUUUCCCCGUUUCUCUCUGGCGCCCCGGGAAAGCGUGAGUGAAACGUGUGUACAGUGGGCACGUGCCCUUCACCACCAAGCCCACCUGCGGUGACGGGGUGACAGAAUGGCAGCAGAGCCCAUGGUUUCCCUCGUGCCCCUCGCUGGGACUUGCUUUCUGAUUGCAGGAGCUCUUCAUUUUUGACUCGGCCGGCAAGGAGCUGUUUUCUGAAAUGCUGGAUAAAUUGUGGGAGAGUCCCAACGUCCUGUGUCUGGUCUACGACGUGACCAACGAGCAGUCCUUCAACAGCUGUGGCAAGUGGCUGGAGAAGGUGCGGGCGCAGGCUCCGGGCACCACCCUGCCAGAAGGAGAUGGAGAGCUACGAGGCCCCCUUCCACUGCCUGGCCAAGCAGUUCCACCAGCUGUACCGGGAGAGGGUGGACGCCUUCCACACCCUGGUGUGAGCGGCCGCCUGGGCCGCCGUGGACCUGGCCGUGGCCUCUCCCUGGAGGACAAGCGGCGCUGGAGCUGCUCUGCGCCCCGGGACCGCGGGACAGCCGCAAAUAAAACUGGAGGAAGCGCAGCAGCCGCAGCUGUGUCCGUCCUUGGUGGGUCUGUGGGUCCUUCCCAAGAGCAGCCCGGGAGCCCUGCCCAGCGGGGGUCACCAGCUGUCGGCGUGGGGCGUCCUGUCCACCCUGAAUGGCUGGGUGCCGAGGCCCCGAAGGGCCUUCCACCUUCAAACCCCAGGGUGGCUUUGGGCACAGCCGGGACCCAUGACGGCUGCAGUGGGGCCAGGGCCUGUCCCUGCUCUGACCUGCUCCUAGGGCUCCCUGAGGGGGCUUGUCCCUGACAGCAGUGUCCUCUGCUGGCGUCCCCUGGGCCUCGCCUGUGAAGGGCCUGCCUUGCCCAGCUGCGGGGAACCCUGAGUGGCAAGAGCCUGGGGCGCGGCCUUUCCCUUGUGGCCACCUCCUAGCAAGCCGGGCAGCGGUCCCCUUGUACCCAGCUCCAUCCUGUCCCCACCCCAGAUUCACCUUCCCAGAACCCCCUGCAUCACCUGCUGCGCUGGCGACACCCACAGAGGCCCCUGGCUGCCUUG